AUGGCUCGCACUAAACUAACUGCAAAACGCAAAAUGUCUGAUCAAGCUCCAGAAGACACUCAAGAUGAUUACUCAAGUACUGAGUAUGAUAGUCACGAUGAAGAUCACCCAGAAGCAACUCAUCAAGAACCUUUGAAUAUCACUCCUCCUUUGCAAUCUGCAUCUAUUCCUUUUCCAUCCACUACUCUUAAAUCCACAAAACCCUUAUCCUCCAACACAUCCUCCUCUCCACCCAUUAGACAAUCCUCUAGAAUUAUGUCUGGAGUUGUUUCAUCAAGAAAGACGUUUCCCAAGGACAACACCGGUCAUGUUGUCGACUCUGAUGACUCUGAACAAACAAUCUCUGCAGAGUUCAUACCACAACCAUCUCCUACAAAAAUCACCUCCAAAGCUUCAACACCUAAAAAGGCUAAAUCACCUUCACACAAACGACCAUCCUCCUCUUCAAAAACUUCUGCCAAUGUCCAACUAUUUGAUUCUCCAAUCUUGGAGACUAACUAUGUUUCAAAAUGGCAAAAAAAAUCGGUGGUCAAUGGAAAAAUCAUUGACCUUGCUGAUCUAAAACAAGGAGGUUUUAAGGUGGAGGAAAUGUUUGAUCAACUUGGAUGGACAUCCUUUUUCCGAAUCAAUGAACCCCAGUAUCCUCGCCUUGUAAGGGCCUUCUAUGCUGCUUCAAAUGGUUCAAAAGGAAACAUUGGUUUCAACAUAGUACUAAAAGAGGUUCACAUGGAGAUCAACCCCACUACGCUAUGUCAAAUUCUAGACAUUCGCGAUGAAGGAGCCUAUUGCUUCUCAGAAAAUUGGUACUCUCAGUGUCAAAUCAUUAGAACCUCUGUCCUCCAAAACACUCUGAUUACACCUCCAAAACCUCAAGUGGCUUCCAAUCUCCUUCAUAUGUGUUGUAUCCUCCAUAACAUUUGUGUGCACUCUAUUGUGCCCAGAGCUGGAAGUUUCGAGAAGGUCACUAAGCUUGACCUUCUGCUCAUUCAUCAUCUGAUGUCUGGCACACCUCUCCACCUAGGUAAUAUCAUUUUCUGCUUCAUGUUAAACGCUGCUGUGUUGGGUCGAUCAGCUCCCUACGGGAUGAUCCUGACAAAGAUUUUUAAAUUCUUCAACCUCCCACUUGAUGAUGAACAAUCAGUUCACUUUAACAACACAUUCUCGAUGAAGAAAGUCAAACAUAUGAGGCUUCAACCUCAUGCUUCUACUCCUCUUAAAUCAUCAUCAACUGCUUCUUCUGCAUCUAAGAAAAAGAAAAUUUGUCACUCAUCUUCUACUACUCAACAAUCUGAACCAACAACUAUUUAA